AAGUCCUCCCAGGAUUUGGGAAGCCACAAUAACCCCCUAUUCCUCGGCCUUUUUUAAAAAAGUUUUAGAAUAAUCCGAUAAAAUACUUUUAUAUUAAUUUUUCUUUGGUCCAUGGAGGGUUCGUCCAAAGGGUUGAGGAAAGGUGCAUGGACUGCUGAAGAAGAUAGUCUCUUGAGGCUAUGUAUUGAUAAGUAUGGAGAAGGCAAAUGGCAUCAAGUUCCUUUGAGAGCUGGGCUAAAUCGAUGCAGAAAGAGUUGUAGACUAAGAUGGUUGAACUAUUUGAAGCCAAGUAUCAAGAGAGGAAGACUUAGCAAUGAUGAAGUUGAUCUUCUUCUUCGCCUUCAUAAGCUUCUAGGAAAUAGGUGGUCCUUGAUUGCUGGUCGAUUGCCUGGUCGGACCGCUAAUGAUGUCAAAAAUUACUGGAACACCCAUCUGAGUAAAAAACAUGAGUCUUCGUGUUGUAAGUCUAAAAUGAAAAAGAAAAACAUUAUUUCCCCUCCUACAACACCGGUCCAAAAAAUCGGUGUUUUUAAGCCUCGACCUCGAUCCUUCUCUGUUAACAAUGGUUGCAGCCAUCUCAAUGGUCUGCCAGAAGUUGAUUUAAUUCCUUCAUGCCUUGGACUCAAGAAAAAUAAUGUUUGUGAAAAUAGUAUCACAUGUAACAAAGAUGAUGAGAAAGAUGAUUUUGUGAAUAAUCUAAUGAAUGGAGAUAAUAUGUGGUUGGAGAAUUUACUGGGGGAAAACCAAGAAGCUGAUGCGAUUGUUCCUGAAGCGACGACAGCUGAACAUGGGGCCACUUUGGCGUUUGACGUUGAGCAACUUUGGAGUCUGUUUGAUGGAGAGACUGUUGAACUUGAUUAGUGUUUCUCACCGUUUGUUUAAGAUUGUGGGUGGCUUUUCUUUCGUAUUUUAGUAAUGUAUUUUUCUGUAUGAAGUAAAGAAUUUCAGCAUUUUAAGAAAAAUGGUUAUGUUUCUACGUAAUAAAAAAAAACGUUAUUUAUA